ACGUCUUAACGAGGUUGCUAGAAUGUCAAAGAAAUAGAUGAGGGAAAUAUUAUGAAGAUAUAUUUAUGAAUAUCUAAUUGAGCAUUUAAUUAAGAACUUAAUCGAAAGACCAAAAUAAGUUGGUUCUUGAGACCAAGUACCUAUCUAAGUAUAAUAGUCUUUUGUACUUACGGUUUAGUAAGAGGACUCGAGUAAAACGAUUACUCGUUAAAAGGAACAAUAGAAUAAUCAUGCCUCCGCAGACGGUGGUCUCUGCUUUCAUGCCUCAUCGCGGAGAAUCUCAGCGAAAAAAGUGUCCCGAAGCGUGAGCUGAAAGGUGGCUAUGUAGGCUGCCUAGUGAAUGCCGUCGCCAUGGUGGAGCUGGCGUGUAGCAACUCCCUAAGUCCAGGAACCUAAUCCUGCGUCAGAAAGACAAAAUUCGCUACGGAGAAAAGUAAACAAAAAUAUAUAUAUAGGGAAGAAGAGACAAAGAUUAAAGAUCGUUAAGAAUUAAAGGUAAUUUAAUGAUAAAAGGGAGAAAGAAUUGUGUAAAAAUUCUACUGGGAAAGAAAAAAAAGAAGAAGCCUCCAACGAGAAAGACGUGCUCAGAAGCGAGUCCCGCGUAGCGCCAUGUAGAGGAGCAGGAAGAAGCGCAGUCUUCCUCAGGCAUUCCAGCGUCGAGUAAUGCUGAAGCAUAUCCUGACGGGGCAACCGUCGUCAGCGGGCUCCAGGCACCAGCACAAUGACUACCAGGCGAGCUCGGGCUCGUUGCACGGCGGCCACCACCACCGCCAUCAUUCUGGUCACCAACAGGAUCAACAGCAACACCAUCAUUACAACCAAAACAGCAACGUUCGUGGAACGACAGGGGGCAGCCAAGGACGGGGAGUCGACGUUUACGACUCGGUGGUCCAUCAAAGAGCCAACGUGCAUCAGGCUGCCACCACGCCAUCUUCCACUCACAGACACCCUUUGAAUCAUUCUCAGUUGAGCGUGAACAAUCUUUCUCAACGAUUGAAUCACUCGCACGCUCUUAAUCUGUCCACGUUGUCCACGUCGAAGCAUUCUGUGAACAGCGUCAGUCCUGUUGCCGGUGGGAAUAACAAUAACAAUAAUAAUAAUCUGUCGACUACAUUGGGGGUGAUAUCCCCGGCGCCGCUGCACCAGGACAGCAGACCUAAAGCGAAUGGAGGCUUUGAUAUCUCGAGACUGUCCAGAUUACCCAGUCAGGCGACACCUUCGCCUGCACCUGCUCUUCAGGGUACGACUACCGGGGGACAGUUAACCGGUCCCGGUUCCACGGCGUACCCCUUGAACGCUUCCUGGUCAUCGUCCCUGUCAAGGAAUCACAAGGACCACGAGGUUGGCGCGAAAGAGACGUUGACCAGUUUGGGUUUAUUGUGUCUAGUGUCGUUGUUACUGGCGCUACUCUCGUUGAUCUUCUUGCUGAAGAUCUCACCGUUAACGGUGACGCCGAGUAGCCUGAUCAGCCCGGAAGAGUAUACGAUUGUCUACGAGGUGACGUUAGCGCUGUGCGCACUCGCCCUCUCCCUAAACCUCUGCUGUCUCCUCGUGUGCGCUAUACAGUUCCUCUUCACUGUGAAACUCGUCAAGACUUCGUAUCAAGGACAUUGGUGAGUAGAGUUUUCGUUUUAUGCCACGCUGGGUAAAUCUGUGAUUUAUAACGCUUUAAAUACCUUUGUACAUAAUCCGUACUUUACUCAACCCGAAGGUCGAACAAGGUGUGAAAAAUAUAUACGUUUAAAGUUUGUAUCCUUAAGAUACUGUUAUCUUUGAAAAUCCGGAAGUCAAACAAGAU